AGACAUUAGUAGUGUGCGGAUUUGUCCGUCUUUUAAUCUUUUCAUUCCAUUUCAUCAUGGCGGCCGAACCACAAAAGAAGCCUGACUUAGGUCUUUUAGAAGAAGACGACGAAUUUGAGGAGUUUCCAGCUGAAGACUGGGAUGCUGUGGAUGAAGACCCAGAAGAUGUGAAGGUGUGGGAAGACAACUGGGAUGAUGACAAUAUUGAGGAUGAUUUCUCUAAACAACUCAGGGCUGAACUAGAGAAGAAAGGCAAGAACCCUGAUGGCAGUGAACCCAUGAAGACCUAGCUGUGUACGAACACAGUCAUCCUCAUCAUGUAGACUUUCAUCUCUCAUGUGUUUAUAACAUCAGCCUGAAUAUGCAGCAUACGCAGGACAAUAUUCCAAAUCUCAGCUGUACAAGUCAACUGUUCAAGUGAUAGAAGAGAAGCCUAUUGUGUUUGAUGUAUAAAAUUUGGGAAAGAAAGGUUUAUACUGUGGAAAAUGAAUUGCUUACCAAAACUGUUUUCAAUAUUGGGAUUCUGACAUGGAGACAGUUCUUAUGACUUCAAAACAUGUGAAGAUCAUUAGUUCUUCAGUGUUACCAGUGUCACCAUUCAUGUAGCAGAAACGUUUGACAAUGUAACAAAUGUCAUCAGGACCAGAGAUCAAACAGUAAUGUUAUGUUAAUAAAAUGUCCAAAAAAAUA